CUUCUAAGCUAAAACCGCAAUUUUAGCAGCGGCUCCAAAACACCUCUCUGUAGUCUGUACAACCACAAAGCCAGACUAAGACAAGACUCUCUGAAAUCUGAGCUCAACAAUGAAGCUUCAAACCCUAGAUUUAUCCUCAUCCUUGAAAUUCAUCAAUUUCGACACAGCUCUUUCUUCUUCAAUUCACGGCCUAAACAAGCCUAAGUUCGUCACAGCUUCUUCGCCUUCUCUCACUUCCAGAUUCAAGCGGCUCUCGAUUCAAUGUGCGGUUAGUUUCCGACCCUGCAUUGAUAUACACAAGGGAAAAGUGAAACAGAUUGUGGGGUCAACCCUUCAGGAUUCAAAGGAUGACGAGUCGAGUCUUGUCACCAAUUUUGAAUCUGACAAGUCAGCUGGAGAGUAUGCAAGUUUGUACAAAGAAGAUGGACUUACAGGUGGUCAUGUCAUCAUGCUUGGAGCAGAUCCAUUGAGCAAUGCUGCAGCCAUCGAAGCAUUACAUGCCUAUCCUGGCGGUUUGCAAGUUGGAGGUGGAAUCAAUUCCGAUAAUGCUUUGAGUUAUAUAGACGAAGGAGCUAGCCAUGUGAUUGUAACAUCAUAUGUAUUCAACGAUGGAAAAAUGGACCUUGAGAGGCUUAAGGAUCUUGUUCGUGUUGUUGGAAAAGAAAGACUUGUCUUAGACCUUAGCUGCAGAAAGAAGGAAGGUAGGUAUGCAAUUGUCACUGAUAGAUGGCAGAAGUUCAGCGAUGUGUAUUUAGAUGAUAAAGUAUUGGAUUUUCUUGCCAACUAUGCGGAUGAGUUUCUGGUCCACGGUGUUGAUGUUGAAGGGAAAAAGUUGGGCAUUGAUGAAGAGCUUGUAGCAUUGCUUGGAAAGCACUCACCGAUUCCUGUGACUUAUGCUGGUGGGGUCACUGUAAUGGCUGAUUUAGAGAGGAUAAAAGAGGCGGGAAUGGGACGCGUGGAUGUUACCGUGGGAAGCGCUUUGGACAUUUUUGGGGGCAACUUGGCAUACAGAGAUGUGGUCGCUUGGCAUGCUCAGCAGCAAGCCUUGACAGUCUAGUGUCUUUAGUCACUUUCUUUUAUUUGUUCUUAAUGGCUUUUGUUAGAUCUUUGGAAUGCUUGACCCUGACUUGUAACUCGAAGUUCCCUCUUCAACUUAAGAAUUGGGGGAGAGAUUUUUGU